AUGUUUAUUCCUGAAACACUUACUAUUCAUUAAUCUCCUCAACAUUAGUUUCAAAGUAUUGAUUAAUCACAAUAACAUAUUAAUCCUUUCGAAAUCCAAUAAUUGUCGAAAUCAAUAAAGAUUGUACCAGAGCUCAAAAUGAGAAAGGUAUAUCUAAUAAAGGUUUAAUAUAUUAAAAUAAAUUAGGAUAAGUUAAGAAACAAACAUGUUUGGCUAGAAAUGAAGAUUAAUCAUAUAAGAUAAUAAGAUUCAAAUAUACACGAUGAGACUAGUAAGAAAUUCUCACUAUGUAAUUUUAAGAGUUCUGCAGGAUUUGUUUAUGUGAUGAUGGUAAUUCUGAACUAAUAAGACCUUGUAAAUGCAAAGGAUCUCUAUAAUUUAUUCAUGAAAAUUGCCUUAAAUUAUGGAUUUUAGAAAAGUAAGGGAUAGAGAAGGUGUAUAAAAAUGAUGUAAGAUAAUUGUUAUAUCAAUAGAUAGGUUGUGAAGUCUGUCAUUCAAAGUUUUUAAUGGAAACAAAAUUUUCUGAUUAAAAGUAACUGAGAAUGAUAAGAAGAGCACCAAGAGCUAGAUUAUUUUGUUGGACAACUGAAAUAAUCGCGUCUCUUGGAAUCAUAGGAACCAUUAUUGCAUUGAUUUAUUAGAUUGUUGUAAGAUUCCAAUAUAAUAAAUUAUAGAAUGGAAGAUUGGAACCCGUAAUAUUAGCAGGUACAACAGUGCUCGCUAUUUUAUUGAUUCUAAUUCUCUCUUUGAUUUAUGUAAGUUGUAUAGAUUAAGUUUCAAUUGAAGUUCUUGAUCCUUGGAGAUUUAUUGAUGUACAAAAUGAAAGUGAUUCUAAAUCUAUUUCAAUAAUUGAAUUAGAUAAUCCAAACAAAUAGACAAUUUAAAUAAUAAACAAUAAUGAUGAAAGAAAUGAUAUGCGAUAUUCCAGUAUUAAUGUAAUUGAGAUAGAAAGUUGA